AUGGUUGUGGUGUGCCGACGCACUGCGAUUGCUCAGCUUGCUCGCAGGCCCGUCAUGCUCGUCGUGGGGGGGAGGUAUUGUGUCGAGCUGGGCGAGCGGAGCAGCUUGCAUAUGGCACAAAAAUUCCCCAACGAGCUGUUAGGAGGAAGUUCUCUUCUCGUCCGUCUGCACAACUUUCGCGUUCGCCCGUGCAGUCCACUUGCCCUUCAGAAGUUCAUGAGCGGUCUGGACGUUGCUCAAGGCCCGGAGGAGUUCGGCGGCGGCGCUAUCGAGCUGCUGCCGUGGAAGAAGGCCGAUAUGCUGCACUGCCCUCGACUCCGCGACACAUCUCCGCUCUCAUCUCAUCUUCGGUCAGUGCAGCGGGUCUCCCUCCUUCUAUCGUUCCUCCCAGCCCCCACGUCUCUUCGAGGUGCUCCUCUCGCUGCCUCGAACUUGACCUUCCCGCUCCUCCACCCCUGCACUGCCGCUCCCUCCUGCUGUGCUCACCCACAAGCUCGGUCCCUCGACAGAAAUUGCUGGAUCGGAUCGGUGCUGCUUCUCAGGCGAGGUCAUUGUGCUGCACAUGCGCUGGCAAACAACACCGUCUCUGGUUUUGUUUCCCAAUACUCGAGACGUCCUGCUCCCCUUGGCUUCCACUGUGCCGCUGGCUUGCUCCACUCGUCUUCCACAGCGCCGCUGGCGCCCGGCAGCCACCCUCCUCCAACCACCAUCCAUCAGGGCACGACGCUCCAAGCACGUCCUCCGGAUGCCCCCUCCUCUUGCCUACUCCCUGUGAAGCGCCCGACCGUCUCCCUCCUGCCCCAUCCGUCCAGGGGAUCUUGGGAAGCACCUGAACAAUCGGCUCAUCUGCUUGCCACCGUCAUGGACACCGCCGUGGCGCUGCCCAUUGCUCUCGGUGCAGCGACGGCGGAUGAUCUAUCUCCCAUGCCUCCGUCCUCAAUCUCACUGCAGCCAGGGGUAUACACGGCUGUUGGGAGCCGUCCAAGUCGAGCUCUGACCGCAGUCCAAGUGGGACUGCGACCACCAUCUAAUGUAAGCUAUUCAGUAUGUCUAAUUCCCAAUCGUAAGUACGAUUCCCUUUAUGUUUUCCAUUUUCUUCCUAUAACACAAAACAUGCACUGUAGGAUGAAAAUGAGAAGAUAUACUAAAAGAAAAUGUGUGGUGGCGCUGUCCGUGUUUUCAAUUUAAACCACUCGCUUUUUUAUACACAAAAAAAUCUGCAAGUAUCUUUGCUACUGUGUGUUUCUAAUUGAACCAUGCAAAUUUCAUUUCAUGGCAUUCGGCAAAAUUGCUACUGUGUGUUUCUAAUUGAACCGCCGCCCCGAGAAUCCCCGCUGAGCUCGUCCGUAGCCCCGGCCCUCUUCGGGGCCACCCAGGUCCACAUCGCGGGGCCGCCGUGUUCUCUUUGCCGCCAUCCAGGUCCGACGAGCCGCCGCACGCAGGAUCCCAUGCGUGCUAGCCUCGGUGCUGGCCCUGCGCGAUGGCACGGCAUCAUUCACUGCCGCCACCAUGGGUUGUUCAAUGACACAGCAUCGAGUCGUUCGACACCGCAGCUCAGAAGUUUGCCUCCUUUCCCAACCUCCACUAUGCUGGGGUGCUGGCAGCCGUCCAAGUGGAGCGUUGACACUAGUACAAGUAGAAUCGUGGGUUGCGGACAACAUCUUCACCAAGCACUGCACAUCCAUCCAAGUCGAGCACACACACAGGGAGAACACACCAGCCCCUUUGCUUUGCACAUUGCUUGCUUAUGCAUGACUGCUGAUGGAUGCAGCAAGCGUUUAUAUUAGUUUGAUCUUGUGCAAGACUCAAUUUUGUCUCGGUUUUCAUGGAUGCUAGCUGGCAAUACGUCCAACAUUCUUGGGGCGAUAGCGGCCACCACUAAGGGCAUUUGCGUCCAGCACUCGAGCUACAUGCUCGACGGUUGCACACUGCCGCCAUGGGCAUGCACAAAGAUAUUAAGUACUCCCUCCGUAAACUAAUAUAAGAGCAUUUAGAUCACUAUUUUAGUUAUCUAAACGCUCUUAUAUUAGUUUACAGAGGGAGUAGAUGUUUGUUAGUUCAGUUUUUUGUUGAUUUACCUUGUUUAAGUAGUAGUGCAGCAAUAAAAGGUGUAGUUGUACUGAAGUUUUAGUUGCUAUAUGAGGAACGCAGAGGCCAUUUAUUUUGGUUUUCA